AGCACUUGGUCGUUUCCUGUUGGCGCCGUGACAUCGGGCGAUGAUGCCAAUCGCACUGGGAUAGUCGCACCUCGAAAGCUGCCGAUGCUUCUGGAGUGCAGGGACAUGGGAUGUUGUGAUGUCAGAGUACUUCAGGAAGCUUAUCAAGCGCGAUCCGCCCCCAGCAGCACUCAUUCGCUUUCGCUGCGCCAAGCUUCACCGAGUGUCAGAUGCGGCGGGAAAUUCGAAGGACAGCGAAUACAACACCAUCUAUGACGUUCUUAAGUCACGUGGGUGGAAAGAGACGGAUGUUGAUACAGAGUGGCACAUUUUCUGGACCGACAAAGAUUGGAUCCACUCAGCAUUCGACAAAAUGCACUUAGAUCCUCACCAGCAUGUAAACCACUUCCUGAACCACUAUGAGCUCACACGCAAAGACUUGCUGGUCAAGAACAUGAAGAGGAUGAAGCGGCAGUGUGAGAAGGACGGCAGACAUGCCGAAGCUGCAAAGUACAACAUUUGCCCCAUCACCUUUGUGGUACCACAGGAAUACAGCAUGUUUGUGGAGGAGUUCAAGAAGUGGACGGGUUCCACCUGGAUCAUGAAGCCCAUUGGUCGUUCCCAGGGCUCGGGGAUCUUCUUGGUGAACAAGCUUGCUCAAACUCAGCAGUGGAAGCCAAGACAGGACUGGAAUCCUUCACAAUCCAAAACCGACAAAACCGAGGACGAUGAGGCAGCUGGCGUUGAAACAUACAUUGCGCAGAAAUAUGUCGAGUCGCCUCUCCUCAUUGGUGGCAAAAAGUUCGACAUGCGCCUCUAUGUUUGCGUCACAAGCUAUCAUCCACUCACGGUCUACAUGCACCGUGGUGGCUUUUGCCGUUUUUCCAUGUCCAGAUACUCCGCGGACAAAAGCAACCUCAAUGACCUGGGCUCUCACCUCACCAACGUGGCAGUCCAGAAGCAUAGUGGCAAGGCAGCUUACAAGCGAACCGGUGCGAAGUGGGACGUGAACAACCUCAAGUCGUAUCUCCUCACAACGGCAAGUGUGGACGUGGUAAACAAGCUUUUCAGUGACAUUGAAGAGAUUGUCAUCCAUUCGCUCCUCUCCGUUCAAAAGGUGAUGAUUAACGACAAGCACUGUUUCGAGAUGUAUGGCUAUGACAUCCUCAUUGAUGUCGACUACAAACCUUGGCUCCUUGAGGUGAAUGCAUCGCCAUCCUUGACAGCCAAUACUGUUGCCGACUAUGAGAUGAAAUAUGGCUUGCUGGAUGACCUUUUAACGCUUUUGGAUAUCGAAAAAUAUCUGACGGGCCAUGAGCUGCAAAUUGGCGGCUUCGACUUGUUGUACAAGGAUGGCCUUCGGUACUCUCCACCGGAGGGCUCUAUUUUUACCUCGUACUUGGGCUGCUACAACAACCGGCUGUCGCAACUGCAGAGGUUGGCGCAGACCAGAGCGUGGGAAUUGAGGAAAGAGUUGCCUUCGAGUUCACUCUUUGGUGAGCAGGAUGAGCCAGCCCGAAGCGAGCCGCGUCGUCAGAGUGCCCUCACUGAGAAUCUAAAUCCAGAAGAUAGCAGGCUGGAUCCCAGUUCCAAUCCCAAACGCCGCACGGUGCGCCCGUAUCCUCCGGCGAGCAAGUGAUCAUAAUCUUCUCCGCAAGUAGCAACAGUUUCACUGUGACCCCUCGCUGACCCUACAUACGUAGGAUCUAUCAGCAGGCGUCAUGCCACGUUC